AUGUUCUGGCGUUUUGGGGGAUAUGCGAGUAUCUCCACCAUCGAUACACUUCUUGACAAACCCGAAGUCACCCUCGAGGACCUACUGGAUGAGCCGGAGAUCAUCCAGGAACUGAAACAGCAUAAUACAAAACUCAUAGAAUACCUGCGCGAGGAUCAUGUCUUGAAACGGCUUAUGGACUAUGUCACCGCACCGAGCUUGGUGAAUGAUGACGAAGAAAAUGAUGACGACGAUUCCCACGAAAAGGAUGCCUCUUCGGCUCAAGGCGCCACGGCUGCGCCGACAGAAAAAUUAGAUGCUGAGGAUAAGGACGAAAAGGCCGAGAAGGAGUCUGACCCAUUGAAGGAUGUUCUGGACCCGGAAGACUUGGAAAAGGUCGAGAAGACUCGUCUGAAGCAUGCCUAUGUGGCCUGCGAGAUUCUUUCCUCGGAGACCUGGUCGAUCUUGGAGUCCAUGAUGGCCAACCCCGCCUACCUGCGCGACUUCUGGGGCUUCCUGCGGAGACCUCCUCCAUUGGACUCCCUCCAGGCUAGCUACUUUACCAAAGUGAACGAGACCCUACUUGAUAAGAAGACGGAGGAGAUGCUAGAGUUUUUGAAGUCGCUGGACGGAAUUGUGGCCGCACUGCUACAGCACGUGGAUAAUCCCAUGGUCAUGGACCUCCUGCUGAAGAUCAUCAGCUUGGAGAAGGCCGAGGGCGCCCAAGGCACGGUGGACUGGCUGCAGUCGCAGGACUUGAUUCCGAGCCUCCUUUCAUUCCUGUCUCCAGAGCAUCCAGGUUCUGUGCAAACAUCGGCUGGUGACUUCUUGAAGGCGAUCAUUACCAUCUCCGCAAAUGCGACUCCAAAUGACCAGUCAUGCAUUGGCCCUAACAGCCUCACCCGCCAACUCGUCUCGCCCGAACGCAUGCAGCAACUCAUCACUGCGAUGCUGAAGGGCGGCAACCCGUUGACCGUGGGUGUAGGCAUCGUGAUCGAAGUCAUUCGGAAGAAUAACUCCGACUAUGACCCAGAGCAGAUGGGUGGCCCUGAUUCCAUACCCACCCCUUACGAUCCAAUCUAUCUCGGACACCUACUUCGCCUCUUUGCGCAGCAUAUCCCCGAUUUUAUGGCUCUUAUACAAAGUUCCAAGCAUGCUGUACACGACGGUACUUCACUGAAGUCUGUCGACAGGGGUCGCUUGAACUCCGCGUGGGGCGCCAGUAUUGAGCCUCUUGGCUUCGACAGGUUCAAGACGUGUGAGCUGAUGGCGGAACUGCUGCACUGCAGUAACAUGGGUCUUCUGAACGAGCCGGGUAGCGAGGACUAUGUCCGGCAUCGCAACGAGGAGCGCGACAGGCUGAUCCGUGACGGUGUCUUCAACCCUCAGCGGGACGAGCAGUCGGGCAUGGAUUACAAUGAUACCACUGCUGAUUUCACUAAUGGGUCGGUCAUGGACUCUGGGUCGCCCGAAGCUCUUAAAGCUCGAGUUGUCGAGGACGAGGGCUUCGAGGACGUUGGUGCCUCUGGUGUUCUUGUUGGCGAGAAGAGCGAUGAGAAGGAACCCAACCCGCAAUCAGAGCCGCAUCAGGCCUCUGAGCCGAAAACUGAGCCCGCUGUAGAAACACCGAAGAGAGAAGCAGACAUCCCAUCAUCGCCAAAGACCCCAACGACCGGUCUGACUGACCAAGUUGGUGGUAUGGAUCUUGGAGAGCAAUCCCCACAGGAGCAGCAAGCAUCUAAAGAAAAGGAAGAGGAGGACGUGCCUGUUACUUCGCAGCCAGAAGAUGUUCCCCCUCCACUUUUUGCGGCGAAGGAGUUGGAGCCAGAGUCUACUACCGAAGCAGCAGGCGCUGUUGAGACAACUCAAGAAGCCCAACCAUCCAAUGAUGGUGGCGCUGAGGAUCCUGCUGAGCAGUACAUUCAGUAUGACACGGACGGUCGUCCCGUGGUUGGUGAUUACUUGAAGAUCAUGUUUGUCGAGAACAAAGUGGUGCCAACCAUUUUGGGCUUCUUCUUCCGGUUCCCCUGGAAUAACUUCCUUCAUAAUGUUGUAUAUGACGUGGUCCAGCAGGUCUUUAACGGCCCUAUGGAGCGUGGAUACAACCGAGCCUUGGCCAUUAAUGUUUUUGAGACCGGUCAAAUCACGAAUGCCAUUGUUGAAGGCCAAAGACGCAGCGACGAGGUCCAGCACACCAAGCAGAUUCGCCUUGGCUACAUGGGCCACUUGACCCUCGUCGCCGAGGAGGUCGUCAAGUUCAGCGAGCGUCACCCGCCAGAGUUGCUCUCACGAUCUGUUAUGGAGUCUGUCCUGAACCCGGAAUGGAUUGACUACGUCGAGCAAACCCUUUCCGAAACACGGGAACGUGAUAACGCCAUCUUGGGCGGUGUACGGCCGGAUAUGGCCGUUGGGCCUCGCCAGACUGCGAUGAGCAAUUCCACCUCCAACCAAGGCUUCAGCAACUCCUCCGCACUGGCUGAUGCCGGGCUGAAUGGCGGAAUUGGCGGUUCAGCUUUCCAGGGCUUUGAAAUCAACCAGGGUAGCGUUUCCGUGGGAGCGUUUGGCGGUGGUGGUACUUCACUUUUGAGUGGCUUUGCCAGCUCGAGUGACGAUGAGGAUGAAGAGAUGGAAGACCAGGAAGAGCGAGAUGCUGGCGGUGCCGACUACGGCGAAAUCGAGAAUGUAUCUGAGAACUCUACCAGCCAGCCGAUUCCCAUUCUCCCUCCACCUCCUGCACCGCUGAGUAUGGGUCCCUCUAGAGCUCGGCGUCAGCUGGCAGCACGGCUUGCGGCCCAGAAACAGCAAGCAGCAGAAAAUGCAGACGUCGGAGAGGAAGGAAAUGCCGAAGGUGAAGGUCGGGAGUGGUCCUCCAACCCCUUUAUCAUUGCAGGAAUUGACGAUGAUGCCGAAGGUGGCAACUCGGCGUUCCCCAACACCGAUUUCGCGUCCAAUGCGGACCAGACAUUCUCCUCCCCGUUCCCCGAAUCCGGAUUCAGUCCGCCUGACUCGCUAUCCACCAACUCCUCGGACGAGGAAGGUGAUCGCGCGGAAGGUGUGCGACGACGCGUUCGUGUCCCCCUCGAAGUCGAGGAAGAUGACGACGACGAGAUGGGUGAGAUGGUUGGACCCAGUGCCAGUGGUUUGGUUGAUUCGGAUGACGAAGAUGAAGCCAUCAUCAACGAAUCACUGGGCUACUCCAACCUCCCCGGCCAGACACGAUACAGCGGUUUCCGCCGGCCACGGGCUGUCAGUUCCCACUUCGACGAUGACCAAGACGAUAGCAGUGACGGUGAAGAUGACGGCUUGGUAGAGAUCCUUGUCCCUGGCCGCAAAUCAUCAACCUCGAACUAG